CUCACCACCCACGUCCCGCUACCUUUGCUCUGAAGGAUGGUGCUCCCUCCCGUCUCCGAGAAGAAGUUCACCAAGGACUUCCCCAAGCUCAAGAUUUGCGUGACUGGCGCGGGCGGCUUCAUCGCGUCGCACCUCGCGAAGCGCCUCAAGGAGGAGGGCCACUGGAUCCGCGCGGUCGACUGGAAGGAGAACGAGUACAUGAAGGAGGGCACCUUCUGUGACGAGUUCCUCAACCUUGACCUGCGGCUAGCUGAGAACUGCAAGCCCGCGUGCGAGGGCAUGGACUGGGUCUUCAACCUCGCGGCGGACAUGGGCGGCAUGGGCUUCAUCCAGUCGAACCACUCGCGCAUCCUGUACAACUCGACCAUGAUCAGCUUCAACGUUGCCGAGGCGGCGCGUGUCGCGGGCGUCAAGCGCUUCUGGUAUGCGUCCUCGGCCUGCAUCUACCCGGAGCACAAGCAGCUCACCGAGGACCUCGACGGCGCGAGCGGGCUCAAGGAGGACGACGCGUGGCCCGCGCAGCCGCAGGACGCCUACGGCCUCGAGAAGCUGAUGACCGAGGAGCUGCUCAUGCACUAUGACACCGACUUUGGCAUGGAGGCGCGCAUCGGCCGCUUCCACAACAUCUACGGCCCGUUCGGCACUUGGAAGGGAGGGCGCGAAAAGGCGCCCGCCGCAUUUUGCCGCAAGGGCAUCACAGCGACGAGCGAGUUCGAGAUGUGGGGCAACGGGAAGCAGACGCGCUCCUUCUGCUACAUUGACGACGCCGUCGAGGGCAUCAUCCGGCUGAUGGUGUCCGACUACAAGAAGCCGCUCAACAUUGGCUCGGACGAGCAGGUCUCCAUGAACGAGAUGGCCGAGAUGGUCAUGGAGAUCGGCAACAAGAAGCUGCCGAUCAACCAUAUCCCGGGCCCCGAGGGCGUUCGUGGCCGCAACUCGGACAACACGCUCAUCAAGCAGGUGCUGGGCUGGGCGCCGAGCGUGUCGCUGCGGGAGGGACUGGGGUACACCUACAGCUGGAUCAGCGAGCAGGUCGACGCAUACGUUGCAGCGGGCAACUCGCUCGAGUCGCUCACCAAGUCUAAGGUGGUUGGGCAGACCAUGACCGACAAGUGCGAUAUGGGCUCCAAGGCGGGCAAGUAGAUGGUGCAGCCACGCUCCUGGUGGUGUGUGCCAUCCCGUUGGAGGAUCAUCUGAGGUCUACUUCGAGGGCGGCUGCCCCUAUCUCUGUCUGUAGAUUAUUGUAAUCAAACCGAAAGCCGCUACAAGUCGCAAGAGUUUUUUUUGUUGUAUGUGUGGCUCUUCCGUACA